CUUUCAUUCUAACUGCAGAAACACGCACAAAGAGUUACUCAUAAACCGUGGGUAGACAAAUUAGCCCCUUGUGUUGUUUCCAUAGACUGUAGAAAAAUAGGUUGUUUCUCAAACUGGCACAGUACACGAAAGGCACAUUUUAACAGUAGCCUGCUCUCGCGAUGUUUCAUUAUUUGGGAGCGUUGCCAAGCAACCACCACAAGCAGGAACAAGUGGGGUCGAAAAGUACAGGAAAGAAUACUUCCAAUUGGUUUUGUGUACUUUAACAAUCUUGCUAGAAACAAACGAAUCAUGUCUUAUAAGGGCUACUUUAGUCGCGACAAUAGAAUUUAUAAGCAAGACCGAGAAUUCUACGACUUAAAAAACAGAGCUGUUGAAUAUUACAGGGCUAAUGGAGUUCCCCAGAAGAUGGAAGCUGUAUUGAAUGAAAUGUUUUUCGAGAAGCCAGAUGACGUGUAUGGUUAUUUGGCAAACUACUUCUCAAGAUUGUCAAGACCCCCUGUAAUAAGCAGGUUGUUGGGUAAAGAAGUAUACGAUGGAAAAGGUCAACUGACAGUUAAGGCAGAAGUAUUCUGCACAAUAAAAAAUGAGGAAAAGAGUGCCGGAUCCGCAGCGAUAUCCAACCACGGCGAAGCCCGAGGGGAUGCGUCACAUGACCCAGGCUCUGCGAAUGAGAAUGACAGGAGGAAGGAGGCUGUGAAGACUGCGGUCCUUUGGAUCAAUGAAUCACUCUGCCCAGUCCUAAAGGGCUUUGAGCCCUGUGACCAAGCGGGAGUGGACAAAGUGCUGAGUGAUUUCUACAUGGCGCGCUUCCUUGAGGACCAGGAGCGACGGAGCAGGGAGAAGGAAGACCAGCAGUCCGAUGAGCCUGUGCCCGAGCCAGCCUCUCCCACCAUUACCGCUACAAAAGAUAAAAAGGGAGGGGAAAAAGGGAAGAAGGCCAACAGCACAGAUAAACCUGUCCCACCGCCAGAGCCCCCGGUGCCUGUGUUAGCAGGAAGCACGGCCAUCGGGACAGUGUCCCUGGCUGUGGCCAAGGCUGGGGCGGAGCUGGGGGGCAUCCCCCUGUACCAGCAUAUCACAGCUCUCAAGCACCAACAGUUCUCAGGUGAGAUUCACAUGCCGCUGCCCAUGGUGACACUUCUGAGCUGUGGCAAACUGUCGCCUGGAAAGCUUAAUCUCAUGGAAGAGGUCAUUGUCAUCCCUAAAGCUGGACAAACGGUCAAACAAUUCCUUGCGAUGGUCCUUGAGCUUCAAAGGGAAAUAACACGGAUGGUGAAUGCAGCAUCAAAAACAGGGCCUGUGUUGAACGCAGUGUCUGACUCUGGUGCUCUAGCGGUUGGAUACGACCGUCCUGAACAGCCUUUAGACCUGAUCACGGAGGCCGCCAGCAACCUGGGUUUUGCACUUGGGGACGUGAUGUAUUUGGCGAUAAACUGCGCCGCGCAUGAGCUAAUGGACUACCAAAAAGGGAAAUACGACGCAGUGACCGGAGCCCCCAGGUCUCCCGGUGAGCUGGUGGAACUGUACGAGCUCCUGACAGCCAAAUACCCGGCGCUCAUCGCUCUCAUUGACCCGCUACGGAAAGAGGACCAGGAGCAGUGGGAGAGGCUCAGCAGUGUCCUGGGGCAGACGUGUCUGCUGUCUGAAGCUGUGUCCAAACCUGAGGGUGCCCACACCCCACCCGGGAUCAGGGGGUUCGUUUUAAAGCAGACCAACGAGGUCACGGUCACAGACCUGAUCGAGGUCGCCCGGCAACUGGAUGGCGCAGUGACUGUAGUGGGAACAACAAACGGAGAAGGGUGUGAUGACUCUCUAUCUGACCUGGCUGUAGGACUGGGUGUUAAACUUGUCAAACUGGGAGGUCUGUAUCAUGGAGAGAGGCUGCCUAAAUACAACCGUCUGAUUUCUAUAGAGGAAGACUUGGCCCAGCGGGGGAUACUGGGUUCAGGAAAAUGUGCGUUUCCGCUUGCUGUUGGAGAAGCAGAAGAGCCGUCAUCUACCUAGCGUUUGUGAAAGAACGACAGUCACCACAAAUCACCUUAUUUUAUUGCCAGACAACUUUUAGAAUUUAUUACAAUUUAUCUAUUAA